GGUAGAUCGCGGCUACAGUUUAGGCGGUUGUCAGGGAGAAGCAAGAUGGCGGUGGCGACGACGGAGGAAGAUACGGAGCUGAGAGAUCUCCUCGUGCAGACGCUGGAGACGAGCGGGGUGCUCAACAAAAUCAAGGCAGAAUUGCGGGCAGCUGUAUUUUUAGCACUUGAAGAGCAAGAAAAAGUAGAGAAUAAAACUCCUCUGGUAAAUGAAAGUUUGAAAAAGUUUUUAAGCACAAAAGAUGGCCGAUUGGUGGCUAGUCUUGUUGCUGAAUUUCUUCAAUUCUUCAAUCUUGAUUUUACUUUAGCUGUGUUUCAACCUGAAUCAAGCACAUCAAAUGGACUUGAACCUCGAGAAAGUUUAGCUCAAGACUUGGGUAUUUUAGAACCUAAAGCCCCAGUAGAUGGGCCCUUGCUACUGGAAGUGGUCAGAAGAUGUCAGCAGAAAAAAGGCUUUUCUAACAGUGGAGACGUAGCUCCAGUAAUAUCUGAAAAUGUACAUUCACCUCCAAAAUCAUCAGAUGAAAGAUCUAACAUACUUUCAGUGCCAAGUAAGAUACCAAGGUAUAAAGGACAUCGUAAACAGAAAAGGUGCUUGAACACAACUGAGCAGGUUGUUGAAACCAGUCAUAGCGAUACAAGCAUUUUGUCUGGAGAAGCAAAGAGCAAAGGCAGCAUUCACUUCUUACCAAAUGAAAUAAAAGUAAUUUCUGAACCAAACAAAGAAAUAGAUACCAAAGAAAAAAAUAAUCUAGCAGCAGAAGAGGAUGCAGAGGGUGAUUCUUUCUUUGAUGAUCCAUUACCAAAACCAGAACAGUCAUAUGGUUGGAAAAACGAUUACAACAAAGCAGCAAAUGUUGCAUCUCUUUCUGAUUCAUUACCUGUAAAGAGUGGGCUGAAUUCUUUGAGUGGAGUACCUCCAUUAAAGGAGUCUGACAAUGCAAAUUCAAUUUUGAAAGAUGUAAAGAUGGUGAAUUCUAAACUUGGAUCUCUUGAACUGGGAGAGGAAGAUGAAUAUAUUGAUGAUUUUAACAGCACCAGUCAUCGGUCAGAGAAAAGUGAAGUCAGCAUUGGUGAAGAAAUAGAUGAUAUUUCUAUGGAAUUAGAAGACUUCAUUACUAAUGAAAAACUUGAAGACCUCACACAAGACUUCACUGUUUCUCAGUUAAGCGUUGAAGCAGAUUACCUAGAGGAUGUUGCAUGAAUAGAGAGCAGAAAUCUUAAAUGGUGGGACUGUCGACCUUUGUAGACUGUAUUUUAAGACAAUCAAUCUUCUGAAAUAUCCCCUCACAAAUUGUGCCUUUUAUUUCAAGAGAAAAAAAUAAAACAACCCAACAAAGCUGGAGAGGGGGAAGAUUUUAAGCUCGCAAAGAAUGGAGUUUAAUACUGCUAACUAGUUCAACUAAGGUAGAAGUUAGGUCCCAGAGAGACGUCUGUUGCAGGCGACAGACACGCCACCAUUUGAUUUAUAAACAUUCGUAAGGGAAGAAAUUGAUAAAGCAUAUGAAGAAUGGCAGAUGUGGUUUAAUGUUAUGGCAACUAUCUAGUUUUUUUUAGCUGAAGAAACUAAGAAAAUUCAGCAGAGUUGCUAUUUUGUUGACUCAGUUAUCAGUUUUCAGUAUAAUUUAUCUUUUAGCUACUGAAGUUAUUUUAGUUGACAGGGCAUAAUUGACAAGAUUCUCAAAAUGGCAAUAGAAUACCUAACUUGAGGUAUAUUACAUAUUAGUUCUGAAUUAUGAAUCCCUCAGGAUUUCUAGCAAGUUGACCUUUUUUGCAGCUUUUGAGUGUUUAGUUCUGUGUGGCCAAGAUUGCUAAGUACUUCUGAAUAUUGCCGCUGAAAUAUGAGCCUUAACUUUAAACCUAUUUUUAUAUAUAUAUUAAAACAUUGUUACCAUUUUGUUUUAAUUUAAUGAAAAUUAUAAAUGAUUAUUAGCAUGUUUUUUUUCU